UUUUGGUGAUCUAGCUGGUCAAAUGACUCGUUAAGAGUAUUUCAUAGAGCUAAUGUUCCGAUGCUUUAAUCUCUCUAGGCAAGGUUCAUAUUUGUGUGGGUUACUUAUUCUCCCUUUGUUGACUAAGUCAAUAAUCAGAAUCAGCAGGUUUGGAGUCAGAUUGGCAGAGAUAAGCAGCCUGGCUUAAAAGAAGUGAGUAUAAAAGCCCCAAGCUGGGAGCAGCCAUUGCAGAAAUCCUCUAGUUCUUGGCAAGAUGGCUCCUCAUCGCCUGCUCCUCCUUUGCCUCGCUGGACUGGUAUUUGUGUCGGAGGCUGGCCCAGCGGUUACUGGCGAAUCCAAGUGCCCUCUGAUGGUCAAAGUCAUGGAUGCUGUCCGGGGCAGUCCUGCCACCAAUGUGGCUGUGAGGGUGUUCAAAAAGGCUGCUGACCAGACCUGGGAGCUGUUUGCUGAUGGGAAAACCAGUGAAUUUGGAGAGCUCCACGGGCUCACAACAGAGGAGAAAUUUGUAGAAGGGGUAUACAAAGUAGAAUUGGAUACCAAAUCCUACUGGAAGGCAGUUGGCAUUUCUGCAUUCCAUGAAUAUGUAGAGGUGGUGUUCACGGCAAACGACUCUGGGCAACGCCAUUACACCAUCGCAGCUCUGCUCAGUCCUUACUCUUAUUCCACCACGGCCAUCGUCAGCAACCCCAGCAAAUGACGACCUUUGCCUUCAGUGGGUUUGAAGGAAGAGGGACAGGAUUUUUUGUAACCAAUAGUAUUCCGUUUUUAUUAAAGCAGCGCUCUCACUUUAUAAGCUAUGUUAGAAACUCAGGCAGAGACAAUAAAAAUA